GCCUGCCCAUGUGUAUUUCGGAAUUGCGGAAUAAGUAGAGCGAAGUUAUUUGUUUCGAUUGCAAUAAUCUUUUGAAUUUCUGGUACAAAAAACAAAUCAAAAUGACAACGGAAACGGCGACGGCUCCAAUCUUUCCAAAGUUGGACGUGGACGAGGAACCUGAACUGGGUGUAACCGAGAUUGAAUCGAUGUGCGUGAAUUGCUAUGAGAAUGGUAUUACGCGUCUACUCCUUACGCACAUCCCGUUCUACAAAGACGUGGUCAUAAUGUCAUUUUCCUGUGAGCAGUGUGGCUUCCAAAAUAACGAAAUCCAGUCGGGUGGCGAAAUUGCUGCCCGCGGAGUUCGCAUUACAGCAAAAAUUAACCUGCUGGAGGACCUUAACAGACGGGUGGUGAAAUCGGACUAUUCCAGCGUUCGGAUAGAGGAGCUUGAUUUUGAAAUUCCUGUUCAAUCGCAGAAGGGAGAAGUCACCACGGUAGAGGGGAUAAUCGAUCGGGUAAUUCGAGGUUUGGAACAGGACCAGCCAGUUCGCCGGAUACAGCACCCAGAGGCAGCCGAGCAGAUUGAUACGUUUGCCGACAGGUUGAGGGAAUUGAAAGACACGACGAAACCGUUUACGAUAAUUGUCGAGGACAUUUCGGGCAACAGUUUCGUGGAGAACCCGUUUGCGCCCAAUCCCGAUCCGAAUAUGACCAUUUCGCACUUCAAAAGAACGAAAGAACAAAAUCAUCUGUUAGGCAUUUUUAAUCAAGAUGAAAUAGAAGGCUCCCCUGGCAACUCCAGCGAACUGGCGGUUGUUCCGGAAGAGGAAGAUAAGUUACUCAAACCAAUCGCGGAAGAUGCGUGGCCAUUGGAGGAGCUGCACGGUGAAGUUCUGCAGUUUCAAACAAACUGUCCAGAGUGUGCCGCAUCUUGUGAAACGAACAUGAAAGUAACUACGAUUCCUCACUUCAAGGAAGUCGUAAUCAUGGCUACGGUAUGCGACAAUUGCGGUACUAGAACAAAUGAAGUCAAACCAGGCGGUGGAAUUGAAGAAAAGGGAGUUAAAAUUGAGGUUACUGUUCGUGGUAAAGUGGACUUUUCGCGAGACGUACUCAAAUCGGAAUCAUGCAAGCUGUACAUUCGCGAAUUGGAAUGUGAGGUAGGAGCCGGUGCACUCGGAGGUCGUUUCACUACAAUCGAAGGCCUGCUGACGGCGAUGAAAGAACAGCUGGUAGAAAGCACCGGUAUGUUCAUGGAUUCCAAUGAUGAAGAAACAAAACAGCGAAUGGAUGUCUUCUUUGGCCAACUAGAUGCGGCCAUCGGAGGCAGCAAGCAGCUGACCAUCGUUCUGGAUGACCCGACGGGGAAUAGCUACGUUCAGUCAUUGAAUGACGAUGGAACACCGGAUGAUGCUUUGCGGAUAACCAAAUAUCACCGGUCGCAUGAGCAGAACGAGGAACUUGGACUGAAUGACAUGAAAACGGAGAACUAUGAAGAGGAGCAUGUUGAAGAAGAGCAAAAUGAUGAAAGUUAG